AUGAGCCCCCGCCUGACUGUCCCUCGUUCAGCUGUCCGGCAGUUUCUCUGUACUAAUCUUGGAACUGCUCCCCAUCCAGCUCUGCUCUUCCAGGCAAAAGCAGCUCUGCAGCGAUCAGGACACCGGCCAGCCCUCUUGUGCCUGUCUUCCGGCCCCUGGCCCCUCAGCCCUCGGCCUCCCUCCGCCUCCUCCGCGUCCUCCGCCCACCUCGCUGCCAUUCAGACACUCCUUGCUCAAUUGACCGCGCUAGCCUUUCUCGUAGCACCACCCUACAGGCUUCCGGAGCCGUUCCGGGGCCUUCUGGCCGAUCCGCAGCACUCCGGCACUUUCGAGGCUUGUCGACCCACCGUGUCAUCCAGGAACCACCAUGAGGUUCACUCUCUUUUCCAGUCGCUCUCGGAGCAUGUGCAAAAGGGUGUCAAUUCAGGCCCUAGCUCACCUUCCUGUCCUCUGCUCGGGCAGCUGGAUGCCCGCGCGCAAGGCAUGUGCUCUCGUUCACCGCACGCAGGCAUCAAUAGCACAGACGGAAGCUUUCCGACUGCCAAGGAUGCUCAGAGGAAGGACGACGCGAAGGAGAUCAGGAGUGAAAGCGCGCACUCAACAUCAGGGGCGAUUCAUCCGGACAUGCCAGACCGCCUGACCGCCUGA